AUGUCAAGAGUCGUUUUCGUCGGAAACAUCCCAUAUGACCAAGCUGAGGAGCAAAUGAUCGCCCUGUUCGAGGAAGUCGGCAAGGUCAUUUCCUUCCGACUCGUCUUUGAUCGGGAGACAGGCAAGCCGAGAGGAUACGGCUUCUGUGAAUUCAUGGACCACGAAACAGCCUCCUCCGCAGUCAGAAACAUGAACAACUAUGACAUCGGCGGCCGCACUCUCCGCGUGGAUUUCGCCGAAUCAGAAUCCGCAACAAAACCUUCAAACUCUUCCUCCUCUAACCCCAACCCUGCACCUUCCACCUCAACAGCUCCACCCAUCCUCCCUCCCCUUCCACCAGGCACUCUUCCCCCACCUUCCCUCACAAUCCCCGACGCAAUAUCCCGAACCCUACAAACCGCCCCACCCAUGCAACUCCUCGAUAUCCUUGCAUCCCUAAAACACGUUAUCCAUACCGCGCCGGAGCAGGCUAGGGCGUUGUUGAGUACACAGCCGCAGUUGGCGUAUGCGGUUGUUCAAGCAAUGUUGAUGAUGAAUUUGAUGGAUGCGAAUGUGUUACAGCGUGUCGUAGCAUCCACCGGCGCACCUCCACCACCACCCCAGGCGAUUGUUCCUCCACCAGUACCAGUCGCCGUGGCACCCCCACCACCGGUUGUACAGGCACCACCGGCCCAGACGCCGGAGCAGAUACAGAGGGCGGAGAUGAUUCGACAGGUUAUGGCGUUGACGGAUGCGCAGAUUGCUGCGUUGCCGCCGGGACAGCAGCAGCAAAUUCUGAUGUUGAAGCAGAGUAUUGCAUCCGGGUUUUUCUGA